AUGGAAGAAGUACGUGGCAAGAUAGGAAUUUCCAAACCAACGCCUGAUGAUAUUGCAAAAGAAGCUAAAGCUGGAGUCAAUAUUCGCACAAGCUCAAAAAUAGAAAAUUUAUUUGAAAAAACUAUAGUUAGUUCUAUGUUACAAUUAGAUCAAACUUAUUGA